CUUUAAUUUGUAACAAUACGGUAACAAAACUUUGAAAUUGUAUAGAACACACCUUGAAAUCGUCCAACUGCUUCAACUGUCUUCUUUCCUCUUCAAUUCCCCUCCUUAAACCCUAGAUCCCCAAUCUCUGUUUCAUCAGCUCUGAAUUCCAUCCAGCACCCGGUGAAGAUGGCAGCUUUUCUUCUGACCAGAACGCUUCACUUGAUCCAAAGACCCAGACAGUUAGCUCCCCUGUCCUCGUCGUCGCCCCUCGUCCGUCAUUUCAACUCAACCGCCGCCGCCCAUCAGCCGCCGGAUCCGGAAGGGCAGUCGUCUUUCUCUUUCGGCGACGGUGGAGAUAGCGGCGGCGAUGCAAUCCAUCUCAAGGGGCCUAGCUCUGGCUCGAAACGUGGGGGCGGGUCGUCGUCGGUGACGAUGCCGAUGUCGUUCAUGACGGGAUCAAUCGUCGGGAAGAGGUUCUACAACCAAGUGACGACGAGGCAGGCCGACGACGGCAACGGGUGGUCGGUGAUGCUUGAUUACAGGACGCUCAAGACCCCUUCGAAGAGGGCUCUGAAGUUGCCGACUUUGUCUCUUGCCAAGGCAAUUGCUGCUGAGUGGGAUUACCAGCAAACAGAUGGAAUCAGACCUUUCACCAUGCCCCUUAUGAGGCUUGCUUGUACUGCAUUGGAGAGGGUUCCAAUCACACGCCCAAAGAUUAUAGACGACUUGAUGAAGAAAUUCAACCAGGACUUGGUUUUCUGUCGUGCUCCAUGGGAUAAUAAUCUAACCAGUGGUGUAUAUGAUCGGCAGGUGGAGAAAAUCGAUCCUUUGCUCAAUUGGGUGAAGACAGAAUUUGGGUUUAAGCCUGUGGUAUAUUCGAGUUUCUUUGGUGGGAAGCAAGAUGAAGGUCUGGCGAAGGCAAUGGAAAAACUUCUGAAAAGUACCAGUAAUUGUGAAUUAGCAGCGAUUGAUGCUCUUGCAGCUGCAUCGCAUUCUUUGGUGAUUGCUGUUGGGAUCUUUCGUGGGAGGUUGGACAUUGAAGAAGCAAUUGAGUUGAUUAGACUUGAAGAAGAUUUACAGGUUGACAACUGGGGUUUAGUUGAAGGAGGUCAUGAUUUGGAUAUUGCUGAUCUCAAGGUACAAGUAUCAUCAGCGGUAGUGUUCCUUGGUCUUUCAAAGUUUUGAGCUUUGUGUAUCGCUAGAAUCUUACAGAAUAUGUCUCUACAAGAGUCAGCUUUCCUAAGGAUAGUUUUGAGCUAUUGUUGUGAUUGCCUGAGAGUUUCGUUGAUGUAAUAAUCCAUCUCUGGAUAUGAGAAGUCAGUUACUGCUGAUUGAUGUACAAUGAAGUGAACUGACAAAGAAAAAUGCAGAAUUAAGCUAUCCAGGAAAGAAGUUUAUGCUUAACGGCUAAAUCUUACUCUUGUCUUUGUUUCUGCUAUAAAAGUUGUUGUGUUAUUCUUCUAUUCGCUUCCUUCAAUACUUGCGGUUUCAUGGAGGGACGUGGAACCCUAUGAUGUAUAAUCUUUUGAUCCAACGAGCAAUUGCAGAACUAUCAUUUGAUGGAAAAUAGGAGCAGUAGGAGCAGAACAAUGAUCUUAUAGGCAGCACUGCUCGCAUACUGGUGGUUGUUUCUCGAUGUUGCAGUUGCAGCAAGCCGUAUCACAGUGAUUGUUGCAUCCUGCAUAAGGUUUCAGCAGAAGAGUCCCCAUAUCAUAAGGCAAUGGUAUGAUGAUGCUACUAUAAGAAGGAAUGAAAAAAACCAUAGAAGGAUGCAUGGUUCCCAGCUCUUGCCUAUAUUACCUGUCACAGUAAGGAUCUGUGGUGAUAGUUCUAGAUUACGAAUCUCCCGGAAGAAAGGAUUGCGGGAGGGAGAGGCUACUGUAUGUGUUCCGAGAACGAUGAUCAGAGCUAUCAUCCAGCCAAAUUGUGCAGACAACUUCAUCUGCAGUUAGUGGAUGUGAACAAUAUGGGAGCUGCUGGGUGGUGGGCAAUGUGAUGAGAUAGAUCUUCAUUUGCGAGGUUUAUAUACAUCCUCUGCUUCAGAGUUCUAAAUUCAAGAGAUUAAUCUUGUAUAUUGGCCUGCAGAAUAUAAAGAUAGAUAUAUGAAUCUGGUCAUUCAGUAAUGCUGGCUCUCUGGUGGAUGGGAAAAAAUUGGAUCAUGACAAACAAAUGAUCCAUUUUGUUGUGGUAGCUGUUAAUUAUUUUUACAAGCGCCUCGCAAGUUGCAUUUAACAUUAUUGAAUUCUAAAUUAUACUAAAC